GGAUUAUAUAUUUAUUAAGCCAGUGGGUACUACCAACGCGUGCUUGUUUCAAAUAAUUUUACACGUUCAGCUGCCGGCAGGGUACUUGGUAGGUGCGCCCUAAACAAAGCUGAGUUUGCGAACCGAGAACACUGGAAAGCGCAUCUUCCAAUACGGAGAAAAGGUGAACGUGAAGGGACCUCUCUUCAAUUCUGAACCAUGGAGCGCUCAAAACAGAGUCACGACAAUCAAGCUGACAGUAGACCGACUACAAACGAAAGUUCUCUAAACGGACACUUUGAAGGCUUGGUAAAAAAAGACACCCGGAAUGUGGGAUGUCAAGGGACGGGGACCGCCGGUGAGUCGAGUUCGCAUACAGGGUCGUCAGUCGUGGAAAACUGGAAGCAUGAGCGCACCCGAAGUAUAGAAGACAACGAGAUGAGCUUGCCUAGUCUGGCAGCUGCUUAUACCACUAUUAUCCGGGGACUCGGCGAAGACCCGCAAAGACAGGGACUUCUCAAAACUCCUUGGAGAGCCGCAACUGCGAUGCAGUUCUUCACCAAGGGAUACCAGGAGAAAAUAAUAGAUGUGCUGAACGAUGCCAUCUUCGACGAGGACCACGAUGAGAUGGUUAUCGUGAAGGACAUCGACAUGUUCUCCAUGUGCGAGCACCACCUGGUGCCCAUCUUUGGCAGGGUCCACAUAGGCUAUCUCCCCAAUAAAAGGGUGCUGGGCCUCAGCAAGCUGGCCAGGAUUGUUGAAAUCUACAGCCGUCGACUGCAAGUUCAAGAGCGGUUGACCAAACAAAUCGCUGUGGCAAUCACUGAAGCUCUGCAGCCUGCUGGGGUGGGCGUCGUCAUCGAGGCAACUCACAUGUGCAUGGUGAUGAGGGGGGUGCAGAAGAUGAACAGCAAGACUGUGACCAGCACCAUGCUGGGGGUGUUCCGGGAGGACCCGAAGACACGGGACGAGUUCCUCACCCUAAUCAGGAACUGAGAGGGACGGCUGGCCCACAAACCUGCUGCCCAGCCCAGCGCAGACCCCUCUCCCUGUCGUCUGCCUGGAGCUAGAGCAGUCCACACAGCAGUUUUGGUACGAAGCUUAGAGUCCGGGCUUGCAGAGUGUAUGUGAGUUGUGUGUGUGUGUGUGUGUGUGUCUAUCCCUCCACCCCCUUCCAAAUAAUCACACACAUCACAUGGUCGCAUGACAUGUUUUUUGCCUACCAAAAGGCAAAAGACCUCCUGCGGAGAUGGGGGCUUGGAUUAAAAUGAAAAAAUAUAUAUAAACAUAAUACAAAACACACAUCACGACAAGAGAGACAACACAACACUACAUGAACUUGCCUUGAGCCAAACCUAUUCAAAAGUGCCAAGUGCCCUUUUCACAUGGCAUCAUAUUCCUGCUCAAGCCAAAUGCUCGCUUUCAAAUUUGGUAGCCACUGCUUUAAAUACAGUAUACUGCACCCUGCAACUUCAGGGAACUAACAAUGAUGGCUUUCUGAGGGUUAACUGAAUAAAUCCUAUACAGGAUCGGUGUCCCCCUGGGGAACGGUUGAGCUGACGUAGGCUAAUGUGAUUCGCAUGAGGUUGUAAGUAACAAGAACAUAGACAUAUCUGAUAUGGGCACAAAGCUUAAAUUAUUGUUAAUCUAACCGCACUGUCCAAUUUACAGUAGCUAUUACAGUGAAUGAAUACCAUGCUAUUGUUUGAGGAGAUUGCACAGUUAUGAACUUGAAAAUGUAUUAAUAAACUAAUUAGGCACAUUUGAGCAGACUUGACACAACAUUUUGAACAGAAAUGCAAUGGUUCACUGAAUCAGUCUAAAACUUUGCACAUACAAUGCUGCCAUGUAUUGGCCAAAAUCUAAAUUGCGCCUAGAUAUAUAUUGGCCUUUUUAUUACAUUUCAAAGAUGGAACAAAAAAAACAUUUUUCUUCCCUUUGUAUUAUUUUUUACCAGAUCUAAUGUGUUAUAUUAUCAUACAUUCAUUUCACAUUCCCACAAACUUAAGUGUUUCCUUUCAAAUGGUAUCAAGAAUAUGCAUAUUCUUGCUUCAGGCCCUGAGCUACAGGCAGUUAGAUUUGGGUAUGUCAUUUUAGGUGGAAAUUGAAAAAAAAGGGUCCGAUCCUUAAUUAACUGUGGUGUUCAAAUUAGUUUUGCAUUUGUUCUAUAACCAAAGGACCAAGGUUUCCAAGGGUGCAGUUAAAGUGACUGGACGAUAACUGGCUAGUGCAAUGAAGGAUGAUCAGACGGGACUAAAAAGUGUCAAUUUUAGGUCACCCUGUCUUAAUAUGGACACCCUAGAUUAUUCGCUAAUAGUCUCACUCACUAUUGUAGUUAUUUGUUGAAAAUGUCACAAUAGUACAGAUUCACAGAUGUGUGACUGAUAUAGUCUGCUUUCUCUGUAUCCAAGUGGGCAUUUCGCCAUUCAGAGAGGAUUUCUAUUGGGCACCCCUUUGUAUCUCUCUGUAAGUCGUAUAGGCCUAUGUGCAUGUGUAUUUGUUUGUGUGCGUUGAAGGCCAGCCCAGUAUAUAUUCUGCUGUCCUUCUGCCUUACUGAUUUUUCACUUGAUAAGUAGAGUUCACUUCCGACGAUGAAUUUGAAGAGACUAGACGCAAAGGAAUCGGCUGUCUCCACUCAUCUCUUGGAAAAGAAACACGUUUUACUCUCUUACCCUUCUAAUGUCAAUUCUGUUACACUUUUAAAUAUCUACGUAUGUCUGUGUAUAAAUGUUUCAGAAUUGUAGUUACCUUUUUAAAUGUUAAAAAUAUUCUGCAGUUUAGAGUACAGUACAUCCCUCUUUGCUACGUCACAUAUAUUGUAUGUAUGCAAUUUCAUGUAUUAUCUCAGCAAAUUAGGGAUAUUAAAACAUAGUAACCUACAUGAAAAUGACAUACAGUGUUAGGAUAAAUAGGUUUAGUAGCAAGGAACAUGUAUGCUGAUGAGCGGUAUACUUUUUUAUUUAUUGGAAAUAUAUAACACUCACAUUGAAAUGGGGAGGUUUUAACCAAUGUGAUUUGAUCAUUGGGGUUCUGUGUGUGUGUGUUUGGAGUAGAUGAGCGCUAUAGUCAGUCAGACAGCUCCUGCAUCAUCUCUGUGGCCUUCUUUAGGAGGAUUUGUUCUUUGGGUUCCUUCACUACUGUCGUUUACAUUACACUUCUUACUGUGUUCAUUUGAAAGAGUUUUCAACAAAGGAAAAUAAAUCUGUAUGUGUGAACUAGGAACAUGGGUACUGUGCUCUUAUUUGUAAAGCCCCGUUUAUACCUGGUGGUGACAUGCCUGUCCUGAUCUUGUCCACAUUCUGAUUGGGCUCAUUUUUAGACUGGUCUAAAUAAUAAAAAUAACUGGUUGUGAUCACAGGAUGCUAGCAUAAUAUAACCGGUACUUAAUGCUGUGUUAGUAACCAAGUGGGAAUUUACAAAAUACGACUGGGAAAAAUCCACUUGAAUAGCCCUCCAACUGAUAAUUUACUAAUGGGGAACUUGUCUAUCAUCCUGUGCUCCCACAUGCUGACCUCUGACUUCACCUACUAAGAAAAUCACCUCUUACACAAGUUUCGGCAGUUAAAUGCAACAAAACAUUAUUUAUGAAAAGCAAUAUUUAUUUUAUUUAACCUUUAUUAAACUUGGCAAGUCAGUUAAGAACAAAUUCUUAUUUACAAUGACGGCCUACCCCGGCCAUUUGUGCAUCGCCCUAUGGGCCUGGCUCCCACGUGGGUGGACCUAUGCCCACCCAUGGCUGCAUCCCUGCCAUGUGAAAUCCAUAGAUUAGGACCGACUGAAAUCCUUAUAUAAACUGUCAUUCACUAAAAUCUUUGAGCAUAUUGUGUUUAUUUUUGUUCAGUAUAGCAAUAUGGUUUUUGAACACAAAUUCUAAGUUCCUGUCAAAACCACUAUGCAGAUGUCGGCUACAGCGGAUCUGAUUGAGUAGAGCCCUUAGUUUAUGCAGCUUGUUGGCCAUUAGCCAAUCAGCGUUUCUCAACGAGUUCAAAGCACACGUAUGCAUCCAACUCGUAAAUUCCCACCUCCCACUUGGUUACGAACACAGCAUAAGACAGACACCCAGAUAAAUUAACAUUGGAACCUGUCUCUUGGCAACAGGUUUUAUGAAUGUGAUUCGGGGAAUUUUUGGAUGAGCAGCCAGUAGAAUCGUCUCCUGCUAUGGUGUGACCUCCCAGAAUGCAAGACGUAUCACUUUCAUUAGAAAUUGAGUAAAAAAAUAAAGAAAAAAAUGAUCCAGACAAUUUUACAAGUUAUUCUUUAAUCUUUUUUGUUGUUGUCUGUGGUUAUCACAAAGACGUCAAGCAUUUUAACACAGACCCCACAAAACAUUCAGUAUCUUUCACUCACACACUUAACAGCUCUCCCAUUCUGACUACAUGGCAAUUUACACAGGAGUCUCCAUAGGUCCAUGUAGAACAGGACAGAUGACCAUCUACACUUCCUCUCACUAGCCAAACCCUGCCCGACGCAAGUAGCCAAGUUACAGGAACACAGAACCUGAGACAGGCUUUUGGCCGGGCAUCAGGGCCGAAUAACAGCAGCCUCCAUUGGACCGGGCCAUGUCAUGUCGCAGCAUUUCUGGCACAUUUGACAAGAUGUAUUUUACAGUUACAGCAUGAUGCGCAAGCACACUCUCACACACAACAUAUACAUCUGUUUGUUGUACAGACAGGUACAAUUCAUAACUUCAUAUCAGCAUUGAAAAGUACCUACAGAGUACAGAAACCAAAAAAAUCUGCUGACAACACAAGGCCAGCCAGAAGAAGACAAGUGUUCCAUAUUGUUUUUGUCUGAAAACGUGACACCAACAAGACAAGUUUCAAAGUGUCCUAGAGGAGCUCGUAUGCAGUUUGGAGGAUGCCACCAUGUAACUGUCAACAUAGCUCUAACUGGGUUGCUUCAUGUAAUAAUAUUACAGUUUUCUAGCGUCCAUAGAAAAUUAUUAACAUUUGGGGUAAAUGUCUAGAGUACAAAAAAGGCACUGCCAUUUGUUAUUCAAAAUAUGACUUCCCAGCCUUGUGCAUGCAAUUACUCCCCCCCCCCCCCCCCCUUUAUUUUCUUGUUUUUUUGGGGCUUUUGAGUUUUAUUCUUAAAACAUAAACAUUUUUUUUUGUUUUAAAUAUAUAUGUAAGCCUGCAGUCAAUACAGGAUAUUGGCUCUUCGAUAACAAAAACAAAACAAAUGAAAAGUACAGUAACGUGGUAGAACCUUUGUUACAGUAUGGAUGAUUUCGAGUUCACCCCCCCCAAAACAACACAUCUCGGCAUCGAAUAAGUAAGCGAUAUUUAACUAAUGUGCAGAGUCUAUGACAAAAAAAGUAAAAAAAAA